GCUGAGACAAAGCCACAUUCCUAGUGCCUGUGCCAGCAGCCCGCAAAGGGUUAACCCAUUAGCCCACAUCCUGGUGAGCUCAUCCCUACUGGAGCCUGCUCAGUGGCUGGGAUUCGCAGCACACCAGCUCCAGGACUCUGGCUGGGAUGAAGAACUUGGGCACAAACUCAUUGCUGGCCUCCUCCCCACACAGGCUGUGUGUGAGUCCCAGGUCCCCCACCCUCCCCCGGGACCACAGCACACACCAAAACCCUGAAUAACCCUCCACUGAGCGCUGGCUAGAGACGGAUGCUGGGAGCGGGAAGGGGACCUGAGGAACCCUUUGGCUUGGCUCUUGCUCCUAACUGUUGCGAGUCCCAGGUGUUGGGCCCUGAGGAGCUGUGAUGAUGGAGGCUCUCCCCAAAGCCCCGGACGUUGAUGAGAAGUCUCCAGAAUCCAAGGACCUGCUGCCCAGCCAGACUGCCAGCUCCCUGUGCAUAAGCUCCCGAAGUGAGUCCGUCUGGACCACCGCCCCCAGGAGUAAGUGGGAGAUAUACCGCAAGCCCAUCAUCACCAUGUCCGUGGGGGGCGCCAUCCUCCUCUUCGGCGUGGUCAUCACCUGCUUGGCCUAUACCCUGAACCUGGUUGAAAAGUACCUGACAGCCCUUAAGAUGAUAGGGCCUGCCUUCCUGUCCCUGGGACUCAUGAUGCUGGUGUGCGGGCUGGUGUGGGUGCCCAUUAUCAAAAAGAAACAGAAGCAGAGACAGAAGUCUAUGUUCUUCCAGAGCCUCAAGUCCUUCUUCUUAAAUCGCUGAUGAUGACCUCCCCUUCUGUCCUCCUUAUCACCUCGCCACCUCCACCCAGAGAAGGAGGCCUGAUGACCAACAUCCAACACCGCAUCUCCUUGGUGGUGGGCUUUGCCAUAAAAAUAAUCCAGGCGACUGCCCUCCUGGAUCUGGGGGAAAGAGAGAGCUCAGGGCUCCCAUUCUGUAUAGCUGGGGCAUAUUGCUGGACGAAUCCCAUUCAGUGUCUGAUAUUACUGAGACUUCCCUUGGACCCUGCCUGCCGCCAUCCCUUUCACGGCCCCCACGCCCUGCCAUUCAUUCAGGAGUCACUUAUCUAGCUCUCUCUGCCACGUGCUAUGCAUGUUGGGAAAUUCCUGGGAGGGGCUGUUCCCCAAGGAGAACUUCAGUUUAUGCAUCUGAGUGCCUGAGCUGGAUUCCACAUUUGCAUCCUUCUAGAACCAAACUGACCAACAGAAAUGGUCCUUCACAAAGGGGAGAGAGGGCUGGCUCCCAACCCCUAGGUUUGCCAGCCCAGCUUCCUUCAUGGGCAACAUACUGACUUGCAUUUCAAGAGAUCAGACAAGUCACAAGUAUCAAACAUUCCAAAGAGAGAAUAGUGAAGGGGCUGGAGAAGGCACGUUUUACCUGGAAGAGUCUCAGGAGCCAGCCAGCCAAGUACAAUUCUCAGUUAUAUAGUAUUCCUGGAUGUAGUGGGGCAUGCUCAUGGUGUCAUAGUUUCCCCUUGACCUUCUAACUCCUUCUCCUUGACUGCCCUCCCCUGUGAACUUGCCAGCUAGUCGAUGACAAGUACAUGCUCCCAUAACGCCCUCUUGGCCCUACCCUGGGUUCUAGAACAGCAACAUGGAGAGCUGCAGAGGGUUCUAUAGGAUUGCUAUCUCCUCACCUGCACUGAGAAUCAAAACCAAGAAGGUGGCAUUCCACACUUGAAUGGUCUGUAGGUAUCCAGAGACAAAAUCCAGUUUCAAAUAUGUCUCUCUGCCUCCACCCACCAAACAAGCAAACAUAUCUCAAGUGCCCUUCUCUGGGCCAGGCCUUUGGUUGGAAGCAAGACAGGCAUGUUCUCUGCUCUAAUCUUCUUUCCCAAGUGGGAGAUACAGCCCAGCCAAUAGGCAUUGGAAUACCCUGUGCUGGCCCUGGAUGGAGAAAUGGGGUUGUGGGGUGCAUGUAGGGGGCAUUGAAGCCAGACCUGAGAGAGGACAGAGAGACUGCUGGGUUGUGUCAUUUCAACAGAGAACAACAGGAAAGAUGAGAGCUAACAAAGAGAAAGGAGAAGCAUUUGGAGUGGCAGGAACAGUCUGUGCAAAAGCUGGGGAUGAGGGGAGCAUGAUAAAAUUCAGGAAACUGCAUAGCAACUUUCCUAACCUCCCAAAUGUCAUGUUUACUCCUUUCUUGUGGGCUGUUCCUCACUGUGAUUCCCCAAGUGCCUCAGGGCAGCUUCUCCUGGGUGACACUGAGGGCCUCCUGUGUGUAUGGGAGAGUCUGGAAGGGGGUUUUCAGAGGGCCCCCCAACAGAGAGCACCCAUGUGGUAGGUGGUCCCAAAACCUGGGUUUUUCUGUAGUAGUCAGAGACCUUUAGGUGACAGACUAGGUGGGGUACCUGUGAGAGACCUUGCCUCCACAAUACCCCAGGCCAGGGCCAGGCCCAGAAGAGAGCAUUUGCUAAGGAACUGAGAGUGAAAGGUGUCCUGCAUUGCCAUCACCCUUGGCUUGAGCUGACUCCCUUCACUCCUUAGUCUUCUGGCCCCCCAGUCACUGUGGCAACCCCUCUCUCUAACAGGGCUCCAGGUUUCUCCAUCCUUCAUGGUGUUUCUAUAUGCAGAGUCAGAACCUUACCUUGUUCCCUCUGCAUCGUGGGAAAUUCCAUGAAGGCAGGUACCUGUGACAUGCGGACACCCCCUAACCCUCCUACCUAAGGAACCAGAGUUCUGGAAACAAGUGGCCUUUGAGCUUCAUCCAGAAUGACCAUGUUUCAUUCAUUCAGUGUGGCUGGGGCCUUU